CCCGGCCGGGGGCACGUGUUUGUUGUUGAUGUUUACGAAGCCGCGGAAGCAGUGCACCGAUACCGAUCCUUUUGCUACUCUUGUUUUGCUGUAAUUAAAAGCAUGUUUGAUGCUGAUUUUCAAAGUUCGGACGAAGAGUCUCCCGUUCCGGAUGCGAAUUCGUGCGAAGAUCAGGAGUUGAUUCAACUGUUUCAGCAGCAAAUAUCGCCCGCAUCGGAAACGGCCGCCUCGUUAAAGCGCACCUGUGGACUGCACAUCGCCCAAUCGUGCGAUUACGACAAAAUUGCCGUCGGCCUGUCGCGCUGCGAGCUGCAGCUGUUUCAAGUGCGCGAGGGCGGGCAACUUGCGGUGGAAAGCAGAACGCUCGGACGGUACGAAAGUGGCAUCCGUGGCGUGCGGUUCUUUAACGGCGAUCCGAACAGCCUGCUGUGCUGCACCCAAGAUGGCAGUGUCUUCCUAUACGAUGUACGGACCAGUGAUAAGGUGUUUAGGUAUGAAGAUACCUCCGAAGGCGCCAAAAAGACCAUGACCUCGUGUGACAUCAACCAGAACGAUCGGGUGCUGUGCGCGUCCAGCGAGGUGCAGAAGACGGGGGACAGUUUUCUCCUGUUUUUCGACGUGCGCGAGCGAAACUAUCUCGGCUGCUACUGGGAGUGCCACAGCGACGACAUAACGCACGUGCGGUUUCAUCCCACCAAUCCGGACCUGUUCGCCAGCGCCAGCGUGGACGGGCUGAUCAACGUGUUCGACAUAUCGAAGCUGACCGAGGACGACGCAAUGCAGUACUGCUUCAACGUGGAAACGGCCGUCGACUCGAUCAACUGGCACGCGGACCCGACCGGGCGCGAUCUGGUGUCGUGCGUAACGACCACCAACGAUCUGCAUCUGUACGACGUGGAAAGCCAGGACAGUGUGGCGCUGUUUGAUCGUGCGCAGAUAACGAAAUCGUUGCGUCGCACGUCGGCGAUCGAUUGCAAUGUGGUCGGUACGCACAACUACGGCAAUGGGAGCUUUUUCGUGCUGGCGGGGUUCCAAUUUUAACCGAGGGAUUGCUUACGCACGCUAAGGUACGACAACAAAACCUUGCUUCCUGAUCGAUCGUUCGGCGGCAACAAGCAGAUAGUACGCGCCAGUGUGUACAACGAAAAGGACCAGUAUCUGAUUGCAACGGGCGAAUGUGGUUUGAUUACGCUCUGGAAGUGCCGAACGGAUGGGUCGGAACAGACGGGCGUCAAUGGGGCGAGCAAAAGUCUGAAGCAAAAGCUGCACGUUAGUCACCGCGCGAAGCCGUAUUGAUCGUGCCGCGCGUCACAAGAAAAGAGAACGUG